GGCAUGUAUGAAUCAUAGUGUUGUAACUACUUUGAUUGAAUUGACUGUAUCGAUAACUGCGUUAUGCGUUAGUUACGUUUCUGAAUACCUGUUGCUGGAAGGACAACCAAUUACUACCUAUGGCUUUACAAGAUGUCUGUGGAUUUCAGGACAAUCUCAAUCAUCACAGGUGGCACACUCCUGACUCAGUCUCUAGGGCUAUGGAGCAUAAUCCUCCAAACUUGGAUACAACCAAUGGGCAAAAUCUUGGAUGGCAAUCAUGCAAAUCAUCUGACAGAUAUGGGGGGUUCCCACUGCACUUUUUCAUACCAACCCCACAAAGCUCUGUUCAAUUGAACAGACUUUCAUCCGCUUUCUCCACUUCUUCUCCUUCGCGUCCCGUUCAGCGUCCGUUCCCACUGUGCCACGGCACCACUACCUUGGGGUUUGUUUUUCAGGGGGGUGUUAUCGCUGCAGCAGAUACCCGUGCCAGUGCAGGUGGGCUUGUUGCUUGUCCAUCCGUCCAGAAGCUAAUGCCCCUCCACUCCCAUUUGGUGGUGGCCUCCUCGGGCAGUGGUGCAGACUGCAUGCUGUGGGAGCGGAUCUUGGCCAGGGAGAUACGUCUCUACCAACUACGUCACCACCGCCGCCUAUCCAUUGGUGGCUCUGCCAAGCUCCUCUCUCAUAUGCUGCACCCCUUUAAAGGUACUGAAGUGUGUGUGGCUGCCACGCUUUGUGGCUGGGAUGAGGAGGUGGCAAAGGUGGCCAGUUCUGAUAGGUUAGAACCAGAGGUGCCAGGAAGUGGCUCCUUAGCAACAAUGCCUCUCAAAAAGACUGAAGAGUCUGAAAGGCAAGGUGUUAUUCAAGAUGGCCUGGCGCAAGGUGUUUGUGAUGGAGUGGGACAAGUGGGGACCAACAUUGGACCGUCACGGUAUCCUGCCAGUGGUCGUUAUGGCCCCAAGGUGAUUUAUGUGUGCAGUGAUGGUGCCCGUCUGCAGGGAGAUCUUUUCUCAGUUGGCUCAGGCUCUCCUUAUGCGUAUGGAGUGUUGGAUGGAGGCUUUAGCUGGAGCUUGAGUGAAAAGGAAGCAUUUUCCCUGGCCAGAGAGGCAGUGUUCAGAGCCACACACAGGGAUGCCUACUCAGGGAACAGUGUAGACCUGUAUCACAUAACUGCCCAGGGAUGGAGCCGAAGAGAUAGAGAGGACCUCAAAGAGGAAUACUACAGAAAGAAGGAGGGGUUGAGGAAGAGAGUGCAAGAAAGAAUAGAUGAGACAAAAAUGUAAGGGGUUUUGGCUGGGAUUGAAUGGGGAAGGCUACAUAUUAGAUGUUGAAAGGCUUGGGUGAUUAUUGUGCAAUCAAUCAAUGUAGAUGCACACAUCUGCUUAAAAGUGGAUGUACUCUUUUUUUACAUAAAUGAGAAAAGGAAAAUAACGGGGAA